UUUAAUUGCAAAUUGCAAAUGAGCCAGAGUCUAUUAAAAGUCAGCUCCCAAGGAGUCAGAGAUUUCAAACAAAAACAAGAAGACAUUAUGAACGACGAUCUUGGAGAUGUUUAUAAUGAGCAACCCGCUAAGAAAGCGCCUCUUCUCGAUAAGACCAAGGCGAGCGUUUCAGGCAUCCAAGGAGCCAAGAAGAAGGUGGUCAAGAAGAACGUGACGUUGAAAGCCUCCAAAGGAUUUACAACUCUUACUAAGAAAGAUCUUAUUUUGAGAAAUCAAUUAGAAACAAUGGAUGAGGAAGAGCAGCUGGAUUAUCUCCAGAAUGAAAACGAUAACGCUAGAUGCAUGGUUAGCGACCUGAUGGAGUCCCUCAAAGGUGCCAUGAAAGCAUUUAAAACUACUCAAAAGCCGGCUCCUAAAGCAGAUUUUACUAAAAGAAACGAAAGUGUUGAAGAAACUGAGCAAAAAGUGAAGAAAUACUCCAAGGAGAUAAGUCUGUACAGAAGACUAUUAGCUAAUUCAUACAACAUCAGUGAAAUUGAGUCUCUCGAAGGCUCAAUCAGAAUCAAACAAACUGAACUUGAGAAGGUGAAGAGCGAAAAUACCAAAAUCAAGAAAUGGAUAAAACAGAACGAGAAGGAUAAGCAGAAUAUCAAUGAGAAUGGCUUCUAUGACAAUGAGGUCUAUAAAUUGAAGAACGAAUAUCGCCAGGACAAGCAAAAGAUCCGUGAGCUCUACUAUGACAAUCUGAAGAGGAGGAAGGGCCUUAUUGAGAGGCACGAGGCUGUUGUAAGACUUGAAAAUGGCAUGAAAAGGAUGAAAGAUCUUAUUAAAAUGCAUAAAAGAGAGAAAAUGAAUCAUUCAAAUAACACUGAAAUUGUUAAAUCAGAAAGAGCAGUCACUGGUAAAGUCUGGGAUGUUGAUGAAAUGAAGAAGAAAGUUGACAGUGCUAAGGGUAGAUUAAAGAAAGAACAAGAAAAUAUAGAUAAAGAAGCCGAAAUGCAAGAGGAGAGGAUCCGAGAAUUGGAACAUCAGGUGAAUAUCUCCUCUCUCAAGCUCAAGGAGAAAGAUAAAGAACUUAGUUUAGCACAGCUCAAGAUUAGAGAACUUGGUAGAAAUUUAAGACAUAACACUCUGAAGCCUCUUCCAAUUACUCCUGGAAAUCUGACAUCAAGAAAAAGAAAGGGACUUGUUCCUCAUAAAGAGCUAGAAGGCACUUUAGUAAGAAGGAACGGAUCCAAGAAUACUUUCAGUGGUAAGAGGAACUCGACAGGGGGUUACACCAGAAUAACUUCAACUAAGUCAUAAUACAGUUGGCUUCGCUUUGGAUAACGCGUAGAUUAAUUCAAUUAAGUGUUAAAUCAAUU